CCUCCGAGAGCUUCCCCAUCGCCCUCAAAAGCCGGUGCCGCGCUGCGGUGGAAGGUGCUGCUGUCCCCAGCAUGGCUGAACUGUCCUGGCGCCUCACGUCCCUGCUGCUGCUCUGGGGCUGCCUCUGCCCGGCCGCCCUCGCCGGGCUCUACUUCAGGGAAGGGCAGCACUGCUACAAGCCGGCCGCGCGCAAGGCCCCUGGGCUGAGGACCUACCCCCGCCCGCACGAGUACCUGGACGUGUCUGCGCUGCCCCAGAGCUGGGACUGGCGGAACGUGAACGGCAUCAAUUACGCUAGCACCACUCGGAACCAGCACAUCCCGCAGUACUGCGGCUCCUGCUGGGCGCACGGCAGCACCAGCGCCUUGGCAGAUCGAAUCAACAUAAAGAGGAAAGGCGCAUGGCCUUCUGCAUAUCUCUCUGUUCAGAAUGUGAUUGACUGUGCUGAGGCAGGAUCCUGUGAGGGUGGAGACCACUCAGGUGUUUGGACGUAUGCCCAUGACCAUGGCAUUCCAGAUGAGACCUGCAACAACUACCAAGCUAAGGAUCAAACGUGUAAGAAGUUUAACCAGUGUGGAACUUGUGUCACUUUUGGAGAAUGCCACGUGAUAAAGAACUACACUCUCUGGAAAGUUGCUGACUAUGGGUCUGUCAGUGGAAGAGAAAAAAUGAUGGCAGAAAUCUAUACUAAUGGACCAAUUAGCUGUGGCAUAAUGGCUACUGAAAAGUUGGAUGCUUACACUGGAGGACUUUACACAGAGUACCACCCCUCACCUGUGGUCAAUCAUAUUGUGUCUGUGGCUGGUUGGGGUGUAGAAAACGGCACAGAAUACUGGAUUGUUCGUAACUCGUGGGGUGAACCCUGGGGUGAAAGAGGGUGGCUGAGAAUUGUGACAAGUGCAUAUAAAGGUGGAAGAGGAGCUGACUACAAUCUUGCUAUUGAAGAGGACUGUGCAUAUGGAGAUCCUAUACUUCCUUGAUUCUAUAUUGUACAUCUUUCUGCUUAGGAAUGACUUGAUUUGGAAUCUUCCCAGCACAACCUUUUUCUGUUGAAGAAACAGUAGUCUAAAAUGCUUUCACGGUUCAACACUAUCAGGCAGCUUAGCAAAAUCAGCCCAGUGAGCAACACACAGUCUUUACAGUAAGUAGAUACAGAGCUGCCUGCAC